GACAAUUCACGAUGGAAAAUAAGAGAAAUCUCGGAUAUCUGAUCUUCUUAUGGGCUCUGCUGGUUGCAGCAGUCGUUGCUAUGGCCACCGAGCAUCGUCCCUUUGAGCGGACUAAGGGCAUCAAUGGUCUCGAAAAGAUCAUCAUACACGACCGUCGUGGUCGAUCUUUUGAGGUUUACUUGUAUGGAGGUCAAGUGAGUUCUUGGAAGAAUGAGCACGGAGAGGAGUUACUUGUUAUGAGUAGCAAGGCUAUAUUCGACCCUCCAACACCAAUUCGUGGAGGAAUUCCAAUAUUGUUUCCUCAAUACAGUAACACUGGUCCACUUCCCUCACAUGGAUUUGUUAGAAAUAGGUUCUGGGAAAUUGACACUAAUCCACCUCAGUUGCCAUCAAGUUCUUCUUAUGUAGCUUGGGUUGACCUAAUCCUAAGAUCAUCCCAAGAUGAUUUGAAGAUCUGGCCUCAUAAGUUUGAGUAUAGACUGAGGAUACAUUUGGGACCUGAAGGAGAUUUGACGUUGACAUCUCGAAUUAAGAAUAUUGAUGUGAAGCCGUUUAACUUCACAAUGGCUCUUCACCCCUAUUUCUCUGUUUCCGAUAUCAGUGAAAUCCAGGUGGAAGGGUUGCAAAAUUUGAAUUAUCUUGACCAACAAAAGAACAGAGCGCGUUUCACUGAUCAUGACAAGGCUAUAACUUUUAAGUCCCAGCUUGACAGGAUUUACCUAAGCACUCCAAAUGAAAUCAGAAUCGUGGACAACAAGAAAAAGAAGACAAUUGUGGUAUACAAGGAGGGACAAGUUGAUUCUGUGGUGUGGAAUCCAUGGGAGAAGAAAGUGGUCGACUUGGGAGCUGAAGACUACAGGCGUUUUGUAACGGUGGAAAGCGCGGCUAUUGAGAAACCGAUCACAGUGAAACCCGGUGAAGAGUGGAAAGGAAUACUCCAAAUGACUGUCGUUCCUUCGAGCUGAUUCAGUGGAAAGCUUUGACCCAAACAAAAGUCAUGCAUUCAUCCUCAUUUUCUUAAAUACUUGAAAACUGUCUUAUAGAAAGUAUACUUAUGUUCCCACAAACAAAACAUGGUGAACAUAUAUAUAAGAUAGUCAGGAUCCAAACCAGACCUGACAAGUCAUUGGUUUUGUAAUUCUAGUCUUCGUGAAUCCUG